GCCAAACCAUCUUAGAACUCUAAAAAUGGCAGAUACCAAUGAACUCGGGCCUCUUCCUUCCUCACAUAUUACUCUCCUUCCAAGCUCUGGAAUGGGGCAUCUAACACCCUUCCUUCGUCUUGCCGGUUUACUUGCUUCAUGUAAUGUCAAGGUCACCUUCAUCACUCCAGAGCCACCAGUCUCACUAGCUGAGUCUCAGAUUUUGUGUCAUUUUUUCUCAGCCUUCCCUCAAAUUAGUCAGGAAAAACUUCAUCUUCUUCCACUUGACAAUCUUUCUGCAGGUUCAGAAGAUGACCCUUUUUACUGCCACAUUGAAGUCAUUCGACAGUCGUCGCAACUCCUCUCUUCCCUUCUCCGUUCAUUGUCUCCACCCCCUUCUGCAAUUGUGACAGACAUGAGUUUGACAGCCGCAGUUGUUCCAAUCACUGAAGCUCUUAAAAUUCCCAACUUCAUUUUCUUCACAUCAUCUGCUACAAUGCUGAUACUUUUUGUGUCUUUCCACAUACUAGCUGGUUCAAUGGAUGGUGUCAAGAUUCCAAGUCUAGAAGCAACACCCAGAUCAUGGAUUCCCCCACCACUUUUACAAGAUACAAAUAAUCUCUUGAAGACUUAUAUUAUAGAGAAUGGCAAAGCGAUGACAAAAUCAGAUGGAAUUCUAGUGAACACAUUAGAUAGCAUUGAGCAAAGUUCAUUGCUAGCACUAAAUGGUGGUAAAGUUAUAAAAGGAUUACCAUCAGUGACUGCCAUUGGGCUGCUUCCACCAUGCUGUUUUGAAGACAACCAACCAUUAACAUGGCUUGAUGAUCAACCAGCAGGGUCUGUGGUGUAUGUUAGCUUUGGAAGUAGGACCGCUAUCUCAAGGGAACAACUCAGAGAGCUGGGAAAUGGAUUGGUGGGUUGUGGUUAUAAAUUUUUGUGGGUGGUUAAAGAUAAGAAGGUUGAUCGAGAAGAUGGCGAAGAACUGGUUGAUGUAAUAGGAGAUGAACUAAUGGAGAGUGUUAAAGAAAAGGGAGUGGCAGUGAAGCACUGGGUGAACCAAGAGAGCAUAUUGAAACACCCUGCAGUGGGUGGAUUUUUGUCUCACUGCGGCUGGAAUUCAGUGACUGAGGCUAUGUGGCAUGGUGUUAGAGUAUUAGCAUGGCCUCAACAUGGAGACCAGAAAAUCAAUGCAAAUCUGGUGACAAGUAUUGGAUUAGGGAUAUGGGAGAAAAGUUGGGGCUGGGGAGGUGAGCAGAUAGUAAUGAGGGAGCAGAUUGCAGAAAAAGUUAGGCAGAUGAUGGGGAAUGAGUUCCUGAGAUCGCAAGCGAUGCGCAUUAGAGAAGAAGCGGGGAAUCGGAUAGAACUGCAUAGGAGUUCUAAGAAGGGGCUGACUGAACUCAUCAAAAUGUGGAAGAAAGAAUGAAGUUGAUGAUGUUUGCUCUACAUUAUUCAUUCAUAGCGAAAAUUUAACAUGAAAUCAGAAGAAGAGAAAACUAGUUUUUGAUAGAAGCAUACAAGUAUAUGGCUAUCUAAUCUCAUCAAAGCUAUAACAACUAUUAGCAUGCCAGAAAAGAGUCAAUAUCAGGAAGUUUACAAACUGGACUAUUAUUUGCUGGAGUUGCAUAAUGAAAGUUCUAAGUUCUCUGUUUCCUGGAAAAGAAAACUAUACCAGUUAAAGCCUUUAGUGCACUCUUUGAAACAACAUCAACAGAUAAUCAAUUACAAUUUAUGAAUCAUGAUAUGAGAUCUUCAAUUAUGAUCAACCCCAAAAUCAUUAUCUCAGAAUGGUCAAUCUCAAUAUCACAUAUGAGUUGAUUUUAUUGACUCAAAAUCUUAUUCGAGAUUUUUAUUGACGUAAUUGUUUUUCACACAUGGGGUUGUGAGAUUCUGCUUGUAAGUCCAAUUAUCAAGGACACAAAAAUAUAGUUGGGUCAAUGCAAGGUGUUUUCAU